CGCCUGAAAAAAAAAAAUCAUCAGUGCUUUCAAGAUGGAAAGAGAGACCAUAACUACACUGAUGACGACGAUGAUAGAAGUGGCAGGGAAUCACACUGCACCGAGUAACAUUGCAUCCAUAAAGUUAGCCACCAAGGUGAUCAACAUCUUGAUCCUGACCUUUCUCAUGCUCUCUAUGGGAUGUACUAUUGACCUCAAAGACUUCAAAGGCACGUUUCGUCAUCCUGCUGGUUUCUUCGUUGGGAUGCUAUGUCAGUUUGUCCUGAUGCCCCUCAUCGCAUUCUGUCUCGGGCUUGCUUUUAGACUGGAGGCCGCGGGGGCACUAUCGCUUCUCAUUCUUGCUUGCUGUCCCGGGGGCACCCUCUCGAAUCUUUUUACUUACUGGACGAAAGGGGAUGUCUGCCUCAGUGUGUGUAUGACGGCGGUGUCCACGACGGUUGCUAUAGGUAUGAUGCCUCUUAAUCUCUUCAUCUAUUCCCGAGUAUGGACCGACGAUAAAGCAGUCAUUCCCUAUGUCAACAUUGUAACCACUUUGGUUAGCAUUCUCAUUCCCGUCGCUUUCGGGGUGUUUGUCCGCUGGUGGAGGAAAGAAUGGACCAAAUAUAUCACUAGGGUCGGGAUCAUCUUCUCUUUCAUGUGCAUCAUCGCUGCUUUUGUGAUGAGUUUCAUCCUCAAUCCUACGUUCUUGAACGCUGUAUGGCAACUAUGGUUCUGCGCCGCAUCUCUACCAUUGUUAGGUUACUCUCUAGGAUACGGCAUCGCCUUCCUGCUCCGUCAGCCCCACAAGAAGUGCCGCACCAUUGCCUUCGAGACCGGUUCGCAGAACGUUUCUCUUGCCAUGACCCUGACUGUGGUAACCUUCGCGAAUUCGCCGUUAUUUUUCGAUAUGCUCUUCUACCCCUCCCUGUACGCAUGUUUCAUUUACAUCGAUUCGUUUCUAGUAAUCGGCAUUUACAAGAUCGUCGUGUACUUGAUGAAGAAGAACGGCUCGCACAUGAACAAGCACAUUGACGAUUUCGACGUUAUUGAUGGUGAGGAUGACGAUGAUGACGAGGUGGACAUUGAACAAGAUGAUGAAGUUAUUCGGAAAGACGAGAAAAUGGCUUUGAAGGCUAUCAGUGUGGAUAAGACUUCUCCUGUCGUAUACAUGAACACUGAUGGAGACAAGUACAAGAAGAUGUGAAUUAUGUUAGUGCUGAAAAAUGUAUGUGUAGUUGUGCGUAUCAGGAAAAUUUCUCCCUGGGCAAUUUCCAGUGGGACAAUUACCACCCCCUAUUAACCCUUUGGGAAAUUAUCCCCUAGGACAAACAAUUCAAUUAAACAGUUUACAGUAGUUAUCAUUAUCAUUUGGGACAAAGUCAAUCAACUGAAUUGCCUUUCUUUAGAAUGGGAAGGGAUGGAAGCCUUGACCUAAAGGUGUGACCACAUUCAUUUUUAACCUAGUCGAGGAACUCCUCAAUGUUGGGCACACUUUUCUCCAUGCAGCCAGGCUUACUCAAGAUCGUUCAGAGAAUCUCGUUUCCAUUGUUCGUCUCAGAAAUCCAGUGCCAUCCCCUUUGGAAUUUAAGACUGCACUCAACCUUGUCAGUAUAUGGCACAUUUCUUAAUUUAGUCUUGAUGAGAUACUUUGUUGGUUUUCUACCGAGGAAAUACUUGAUAAUAUCUACUCAUACAACUGACACAUCCUCUACUUGGGUCUGUUAAUUAUUUUAUGAUUCCUUCCUUUUCCAUUCUUUUGGGUUUAUUCUUAAAGGUCCCUAAUGUUUGCUUCUCAGACAACUACACCUUCAAAGACAUGCCUGUAUACUGUUUGAGGUUUUCCACUUCUGUGACAGACACUGUAACUACUAUACUAAUCCCACAGCUUCACAAGUAAAUCGGCCUAUUAAUUCGGCGAAUUUAUUGCCUUUUACUAUUUGAAGUACAAUGUUAUGGGAUUCAUAUUUAAAUCACAUAACAAUGAGCAUUUGCCGAAUGGGUGAAUUUUAUCCCUGCUAAAUGAAAUAGAGGUCACCUAAUUUUUGUUUGCAGUGUAACAUUGUUGCCAUGCUUAUCUUCUGCCAUAGCUUUGACUUUGUCCACAGAUCACAUGGCACCAUGCUCCUGUGUCUAGUUUUGGUCAGUGUAGUCACUAGAACAAUAUGUAUGGGGGUUGAGAGGGGAUUUUGAGGCUAUUCUGGCUUCUGCGACAGUUUGAGAAUACCACAACUAUAAACGGUUCGGUGGUGCCUGAUCAAUAUAAUACCAGCUAUGGGAACUAGUAUGUAUGUCGAGGCGGGGAGCCAUAGCAUCAGGAUUGCGGUCAUUAUAUAGCUUCUUUAGUGGUGCCUCCACUUUCUCAGGAUGUAUAUAUAGGAACCUGAAGAGUACGGACUCUCCUUCAUCGAAGGAGGAGCUAUAUGUAUGUCUCCUGUAGAAUCAGAUGCUAAAGUAAGUUUUAGGACGUCCUUCAGAGGUGAUGUUAACAUCAAAUUUGUGAAAGAUCACUGGUAUUAUAUUCUCUGACAUCGAAAACCAUGACACAGCAUUAGUACAGUAUUCUGGACCAUAUAUUUUUAAUUAUAUCCCUCGUGUAUAGUUUUUUGCAUUGCGAUUGUACAGAGCACGAAAAAGGUAUAGUUUCACUAUAAAUUUGAGAGGGUGAGAAAAUUUACAAUUCGGAGUGGUAUAGUAAAUUCCGGAAUCCACUUUUUCCACCGAUCACCGAUAUUUCUGCGAUUGAUAUCUAAAUUUCUAAUACUAGUAUUUGAAGAGAUAUGAGCGCUCAAGUUUCUUCAGCCGUUAUGCAGGGUGUUUU